CGUUAAAUAUGCCGAAAGCUAUAAAAAGUGAUGCCCGGAGUAUUAUGCUAAAGGUGAAAUCAUUUUUUGAAGAAGAAGCUGGGCUGCAGGCUCCUAUCAUUCCGUUUAAUCAAGUAUGCAAACGGAUUUCGGCUACAACAGGUGUAACAGUUGUAAAGUUCUGAUGGAGCCUAAUGAAGUAUCGGCUUGGAGAGCGAGAGGGCCGAACCUCCUACGAGGUCCCCGCGCAAAAGGGGCGCGCGGGGUAUGUGAGACUCAACGAUCUGCAUGGUGUUGUGAGCAGACCGCGGGCCCAAGGAUUUUAGAGCCCACCCACUAAACGACUCCUCUGCACUCUUACACCCGACGUCCGAUCCCCUCCGAGGUCAGAACCCGGAUGAGGUAGGGGGGCUACCGCGGUCAACACUACAACCAGACGGCGCGACUCACUCCAAGGACGCCCAGCCGACGGAGCCUUCGAGGCGAAUCGAAGGCUCUGAAACAUCGGCCGUCUCGGUACGGCAGCCCGUCGGGCCGCCCAGACGGUGCCGCUGGUGUUACAACGGCUACCCACUGAAGUAGGAAACCUAUGGAAAUGAAACGUCAACAAAAAAUUCGUGCCACUGUGACGUCAUCUGGCCACAAAACAUGGCGGCUUUAGUGCUGCCCAGAAAAUUUUAAUGUUAGUAGGUUUUAUCGAUAAACGUUCUUGGCUCAUUUUAUUUUAAAUAUUGUUGAGUGAAUGUAUUUGUAGAAUUUAUACUUUAAUAGGAAGUAAGUAUAUUGUUAUGUGCAAAGAUGAUGUGAUUUAGAUAUUAUGUGAAAUCUAAGACGAGUUCGUGCUUCAAAUUUGCCAAGUAAACGAUAUGACGAUUUUUAAAAUUUGCUACACUGAUUUUAUAAAGUUGUCGUUUGCCGCAAAACAUAAAGAUAUGGCGUAGUACAGUACCAUCUGCCCAUUUCUAGCAUGCUGAAUGUUAUCGUAUUUUGAGUACGUGUUUUUCUUAGACUAUUACAAUCUAUUUUAAUUGUUUUGCUGAUUCUAAAGUCCGUAACACACUACCGCAGCGCACCUCAAGGAAGGUACGCCGCACCAUUUGAAUCACUCUCACUUGAGAGUGAUUCAAAUUUUAAACUUAUCAAGGGACCGCCUGAUAAAAAAAACACCUACAGAACAUUUAUUCGUUAAUAAAAUUACAAACAUUCCUUGUGACUUCCUCUCUAAAAUCACUUAAUUAUUAAAUAUUUAACGAGUUGACAAUAGUGUUAUAAAACUAUUUUAUUUAAAUAGUUCCAACGACUUUCUUGAGAUCCUAUAAAAUAUGAUUUAAUUAUUAUUUUUGUAUGUUUUAAGCAUGAUAAAAUAAGAAAUUUUAUAUAAGCAAUCAUAUUAAAUCGAUAUCAAAGUCAAUAAAUAAUGUACAACCCAAAACAUACGGCCGAACUGACGUGACAAUGACAUUUGGCGCGCUAAACAUGGCGGAUUUUCGGCCUCAUUAGACGGAGACGGAGACAUUUACGUAUAUUCAUGUUUCAUUUUAUGUACGCACUGAAAUUCUGUUAUAUUGUUUUCCUGCGAGUUAAAGUGGUGAGUAAGAACGAGAUAGAUAUAUGUUUAUGUAUGUGCCUUCAAAAUGGGUGCUAUUUAUAUAAGCAAUUGUACGUAUAGAACAAUAUGUCGUGUCCCUACUAUAUAGGUCUAUGCGGUUACCCCACCCUUCGAACCGAAACGCAUUACUGCUUCACGGCGGAAAUAGGCGGGGUGGUGGUACCUACCCGUGCGGACUCCCAAGGGGUCCUACCACCAGUGAUUACGCAAAUUAUAAUUUUGCGGGUUUGAUUUUUAUUACACGAUGUUAUUCCUUCACCGUGGAAGUCAAUCGUGAACAUCUGUUGAGUACGUAUUUCAUUAGAAAAAUUGGUACCCGCCUGCGGGAUUCGAACACCAGUGCAUCGGUAACUAAAGCGGGAUUCGAACACCAGUGCAUCGGGCCUAAAGUGUUUACACACGAAUGCACCGGAAGUCUUAUCCUUUAGGCCACGACGACUUCAAAUUUCUAGAUGGGUCUUUUAACAAGAAUCUUUGAAGAAUCUAAACGAUUGAAACUCUUAACCUCCUUGUCAAAAGGCUAUCGCAGUAGAUUGACACAUAACGUUAUAUAUAUUACAGACAGAAUCCCUAUGUCACAUAGCAGUUUUUUUUCCUAUGAAUGUGGUGUUAUAAUUUAUUGUGUUUUUACGAAUCUAAAUAAUAUAACUAAAAAUGUUUACUUUCCCGUCUUUAAUGCGCAUUGGAAUUAAUAGCAACACUAAAACGACGAUUCACAGAUAAGUUGGUGAAUGGUGACACUUCAUAGAUUAUACACAUAGUGACACUUGGUGACACUGUACUUUGGUAUAUAUACAUAGGUUUUGUAGCAGGUACUUAUUUUGGUACCUAAAUUUGUGAUUACGAGGCGGAGAGUCUUACAGUAAUUUAUGUAAUGGCGUGUAAUACUUGUGCGAAACCUUUCAAUUUACUGCGGAAAGAAAAGGGAUGUCCAGGUUGUGGAUUUAGUUAUUGUUCAAAAUGUCUUGACCACAAAAUGUUUUUGGAGAAACUGAAUGCUGAAGCAAAGGUAUGUGUACAAUGUAAAAAAAAAUCUAAUUAUGAUAAAAAAAUAGAGCCUCCAUCUGCUUACUUCAAAAGAUUAGCUACUGUUCAACCACCAGAUCCAAAUGAUAGCAAUACAAACUAUGCUGGAGCAAGUUCAAAAGACAAUGAGAUUUUAAAACGAUUACAGAACCUAAAGCAAGAACAAGUUCACAAGAAAGUUUCCACAGAUGACGAGAUUGCUCAGAGGCUUAAAAAUAUAAAAGGUGACCUUCCAUCAGCAAGUGUCAGUGAAAUUGAAGCACGACUGGCUAAUUUAAGAGGUGUACCUGUACAAUCACAUUGUAAGCCCAUAUUACCCACUCCAGAUUUAAGAACGGAACAGGAGCAGGCAGAUGAUUUGAUGAAACAGUAUUUGGAGCAAGUUAAUAUAGACACAAAAUAUAAAGAUGAUUUUAAUGAUAUAAUAGACAGUAUUGAAUCUAGAGUGCAAAAAUUGAAAUCAUCAAGUACCGAGAUAUCAGAAGAUAAAAGUAAAUUAUUGUCAAAUAAUAAUACAGAAUUAGAUGAAGAAGAAACAGUGAAUAAAAUAAUUGAAAAGAUAAAGGCUGAUCCUUCACUUGAUGAAACAGUAGAUUCACCUACAAAAAAUGAUGAGUUGCCUUUUUGUGAGAUAUGUAAUGAAGAUGCAGUAUUGCGGUGUUUGGGAUGUCGAUAUUUGUUUUGUAAGCUUUGCUUCAUGGAACACAAAGAUGAUGAUGAUGGCUGUGAUAGAUACGAAAAUUAUCAACCUCCAACAAAUUAAAUAAUUCUAUAAAAGAUUUAAUAUAAAGUUAAAAUAAAUAAAUUUUAAAUAUUUUAUUUA